GGCUGGAGAGCUCUGUUUUAAGAUCCUUACACAAAACGCAGUGAGAGUAUACGGUCAGGUCACGACUUUUCUGUUUUCCAAUGUCUUUGGUCUCAAGAAAGAGGCAUUUCUACCGCCACUGUAGGGGUGGGGGAGGGAAGGUAAAAGUUUCUUAUUCUUUACAACCAAUUCUGUGGCUUCUUCUUUAGGGUGGUCAUAAUUAGUAGAUCAGUUUAUCUUAACUUCCCAUAGCCUCAGCUUUUGGCCAGUCGUUGGCAGGGAAGAUCAGUGCUAAUCUAUUGCAGCCCAGCUCCCACACUGAGCGCCCCAGAGACUACUGCCUGCCAACUCUGGAUUCUGGGAUUCCCAGGACAUCAGGUCAAGCCACAUGGAGGUCCACCAGGGGUACAUUCCAGGCAUAGUUUCUGCUCUCUCUGGGCUCUGUCCUUAAACAUCUGGGUUAACUGGAUCGUGCAAACAGGGUUACUAGGCGCAGAAAACAGCUGGGCAUGUGGCUGAGGCCAGAUCGAACACGACUAGUUCUUAGAAACUGCUUCUGGAAAUCCCCGUGCCAAGCAGCAUGCGUCAAGUCUGAGCGCCGGUAAGGAAUGAGCAAGACCGGGUAGAGUUUGGACUUUGGGAACUAAGUGCACUUUUGAGGAGGCUUUUCACUUUUAUGUCAGUUUUGAAGCUGGCUCCAUAUCAAGGAAGGAGGUGCAAAAUGACAAACUCAGUUUAAAUACGUAUGCUAGCACUCACAUACUCCGCAAUCUCUCGGACACAGGGAUGCGUGGGAAAACUCAGCAAAUCCAAGCUCAGCUUCACAGUAAGAGUGGCGGCCAGAGCCGCUUAGCACCUCCCUUGACUUUCGGAGGGUGCGCCUUUCCGUCUACUGCGCAUGCGUGCGCGCGCAAACCCCCAGGCCCCGCCUCUCUGGUCGGGACGACAGACGUGCGCCGGGAGGCGGGCUGCGCAUGCGCGAUCGCCGCGUCAGCCACUUGCGCGGGGCCGGUGACUGAAAGUACCGGGUCGUGUGUGUUUAGCGUGGGGGGAAUCUGCCGCGCAGCGUGGAUCGGCGCGCGGAGACAGAGAAAAGCGUGGCAAAAAGCUCUGUCCCGGGCUGCGGGAGUCAGAGGUAGUGUUUUUUUUUCCUGUCCCCUUCCCAGCCUAGACCAUCCCCCCGCCCCGCACCCUGAGUCUCUCCUGGGGACCCCUUCAGCGCCUCCCUUUCUGAAGUGAGCCCCAGGCAAGGUCAUGAAGCUGGUGAGGAAGGAUAUCGAGAAGGACAGUGCGGGGCAGGUCACCCUCGUCCCCGAGGAGCCCGAGGACAUGUGGCACACCUACAAUCUAGUGCAGGUGGGCGACAGCCUGCGCGCCUCCACCAUCCGCAAGGUCCAGACCGAGUCCUCCACGGGCAGCGUGGGGAGCAACCGUGUCCGCACCACCCUCACCCUUUGCGUGGAGGCCAUCGACUUUGACUCCCAAGCCUGCCAGCUGCGAGUCAAGGGGACCAAUAUCCAAGAGAAUGAGUACGUGAAGAUGGGGGCUUACCACACCAUUGAACUGGAGCCCAACCGCCAGUUCACCCUGGCCAAGAAACAGUGGGACAGUGUGGUUCUGGAGCGCAUCGAGCAGGCUUGUGACCCAGCCUGGAGUGCUGAUGUGGCAGCUGUUGUCAUGCAGGAGGGCCUCGCCCACGUCUGCCUAGUCACGCCCAGUAUGACCCUCACCCGUGCGAAGGUGGAGGUGAACAUCCCCAGGAAACGUAAAGGCAACUGUUCCCAGCAUGACCGGGCCCUGGAGAGGUUCUAUGAACAGGUGGUCCAGGCCAUUCAGCGCCAUAUCAACUUUGACGUUGUCAAGUGCGUUCUGGUGGCCAGCCCGGGAUUUGUGCGAGAGCAGUUCUGCGACUACAUGUUUCAGCAGGCGGUGAAGACGGACAACAAGACGCUCCUGGAAAACCGCUCCAAAUUCCUUCAGGUACACGCCUCCUCUGGACACAAGUACUCCCUGAAAGAGGCCCUUUGUGACCCCACCGUAGCUAGCCGCCUUUCGGACACGAAAGCAGCUGGGGAAGUGAAAGCCUUGGAUGACUUCUAUAAAAUGUUGCAGCACGAGCCUGACCGCGCUUUCUAUGGACUCAAGCAGGUGGAGAGGGCCAACGAAGCCUUGGCGAUCGACACGUUGCUCAUCAGCGAUGAGCUUUUCCGGCAUCAGGACGUGGCCACCCGCAGCCGGUACGUCAGGCUGGUGGACAGCGUGAAAGACAACGCAGGCACGGUUCGGAUAUUCUCCAGUCUCCAUGUGUCUGGGGAACAGCUUGGCCAGCUGACGGGAGUGGCUGCCAUUCUCCGCUUCCCUGUGCCGGAACUUUCCGACCAGGAAGAUAAUUCCAGUUCUGAAGAGGAUUAAGACCGACAUUUAAUAGUUGCUUCUGCUCCCUUACUUCUCAGCAUCGCUUGACAGGUGCAAGAGCGGCACUUGUUGAUCGGGCUGGGAUUUCCUGUGUGUUGGACACACUAGGACGUGUAUUCAAAUUAAAUAAACCAAAAGAAAAGAAUGUCCAAGC